AUGGAAGCAAAGUGUGCUUAGCUAUUUUUUGUUUGAGUUAAACUAUUGUUAUUUUUGUUGAACUCAGCAAUUGUUAUGAAUACACAAUGGGAUGUUAAAAAUGUGUGCCCAGCCAUGGAGUCGACAGAUAAGAACAAUGCUAUAAAGCUCUUUGUGGGGAACCUGGCAUUGGACACCUCUCAGGAGGACCUGACACAGCUCUUUGGACCAUACGGACAGGUGGUCACCUGUAGUUUACUCAGGCAGUUUGCCUUCAUCCACCUCCAGGGAGAUGGUGCUGCUGAUCGAGCCAUAAGAGAACUGAAUGGACGGGAGUUCCGUGGCCGCAACCUAGUGGUUGAAGAGUCCCGCGGACGGCCCCUGAACUCCACCAAGGUGUUUGUUGGGAACCUUAGUGCCAUGUGUUCUGCUGAGGACCUACAGGAGCUCUUUCAGACCUUUGGGAAAGUUCUGGAGUGUGAUAAGGUCAAAGCGAGGCUCUCUUCCUCGGCGGGCUAUGCCUUUGUGCACAUGGAGCGGAAGGAGGAUGCGCUGCAGGCUAUCGAGGCCCUCCAUGGUACCACCUUCAAAGGCCGACCGCUCUCUGUGGAGCUCUCCAAUGUGCAGCCCAGUAAACCCACCACGACUACAGCCAAGGUUCCCAUCAUGAGUCACUAUGCCACUGAAAGCCCCUCCAUCAACCCUCAUAUGGAGCACCACCAGAGUCAGGCUGCUGUACUGGCUGCUGCUGUUGCUGCAGCUGCAGGUCUGCCUCUUCAGGUGCAGCAGAGCUUGCACAAUUCUGUCUACAACACAACGAGCUUUGAUCCCACCUACGCUGCGCUAAAGGGCAUGACGGCAGCCAGCGCCACAGAUGGUACUCCAGUGAGCCCUGCGGUGUACGGUGCGCUCGCCAGCCAGGUGUACGGCUCUGUAGCGGAUCAGGUAUAUGACUCUAUAGCCAACCAGGCCUCCGCCUAUCAGAAUUCAGCGACACAGGACGCAGCAGGUUACAGUAACCAGUACGACGGCGCAGCUGGGGAGGCAUCGUCAGCCCAGGCAGCUGGAAACCCGGCCUACGGCGGGGCCUCUGCUUUCUACAACGGUAGCUCCGCCUAUGGCUCCACGGGGGGUGCAGACCCCACUGCCCAGGCCAUCUUUGAGGCAGCACGGGCCCGCUUCUUCCAGCAGGGCCAGCAGGUUCUAGCUGAGCAGCAGGCUGGGACUAAGUCAGGGGACAGGGACCGCAGCCCAGUGCGGCGCUCCGCCCCUCUGCUGCCUGACCCCGUGCCCCAGCCCUUUCCCCAGCCACGCCCCAAACGCCGUGCCCUCCUCCCAACGCCACCCGGCCGACCAGAGGACCCUGCAGCUGCUGACGGAGACCCCAUUGCCAGAUGCUAUGCAGAGUACUAUCAGCAGGUCCAGCAGUACCAACAGUACCAGCAGUACCAACAACAGUACCAACAGUACCAGUAUGGCUACCCACCACCAGCCCUGGCCCAGAUGCCCCCCACGAUGCCCGUGCAGGCCCCGCCCCCGACGGAGGCCCCGCCCCCAGGGCCUGCCACCUACGCCCCAACUAGAGCGUAUGAGCCACCUUCAUCACACAAGGAGCCCCUCCUCCGCCGCCCUGACUACUCCCACCUCCACAUGCCAGAGCCCCCUUACCGAUAACCCUUUAGAUUGCAGUGUGUGUGUGGGUUUUGAAUGUUGUGUGUGAGAGAGUAGUUCUGGUCCGAAUGUGCAUCACUGCAAAGUGCCCAUUUAUAAGUCCCCUGUUCUGCAGCUUUUCGUAUCUGAACACAUUUCUAACGAGUUAAUUUGACUUUAUUGUAGGCCUGGUCUUGAUAAGAAAGCUGCCCCACAAAACAGUAAUCUGUAUUGGGAAGUCGUUAUGGUAGUAUCUUCUUGAUUGUGUUGCGUACUGGGUGCUCAUUAACGACAAGUAAUCCUUAUUCAUCCCCUACAUUUUAGUUUAGCAAAAUAAAUUCUCAAAUUUGCAAGAAUAUUCAUCCAUACCAGAGGAGUGCCUUGUUAAAAGCCUAGCUGGAUUAUUUAGUAAAAUACAUUUGUGUGUGUGUAUAUGUGAGCGUAGAAAGGAAGUGGCCAAAUCAAUCCGUGCAUUUUGUGAGCGGGCCCUUGCCUCUGUCCUCGAGGUGACUUUUAGCUCCUCCAAAUUAACCAUUAGUUCACGUGUAUAGAUAACUUUAAUUUUUCCAUUGGCCAGAUUCCAUUUGUUUUAUUUGUAUUGUCUUCAUCAAAGACUUAAUAUGAAAAGUCAAUGUUCCAAUAGGUUCCAGCGUAAUGUAGAUAUUUGGGUAAUAAAAUGGUUAUUGUGUUUA